AUGGGUUCAAUAUCGCCAGAGAAGCAGCCCAAAGUGGCCUUCAUCGGUCUCGGUGCGAUGGGCUUUGCCAUGUCAACACACCUCGUCCGCGUCGGCUUCAAUGUGACCGGCUUUGAUGUCUACGGGCCGACAAAUGAGCGGUGGUCAACAGCUUGUGCCGACAUUCCCAAUGCACGCUACAGCGUUGCCUCAUCACCGGCAGAUGCUGUGAAGAACGCCGACAUCGUGCUCCUGAUGGUUGCGAACCACUAUCACGUACACUCCGCCCUGUUCGACAAGGAGAAGGGCGGCGCAGUGGACUCGCUGCCCAAGGGCGUGAUAGUCGUGGUGAUGGCGACCAUACCACCCACACAGCCGUCUGAGGUGCGGCGGCGGCUGACGGAGGAGUUCAAGCGAGAGGACGUGAGACUUUGUGAUUGUCCGGUAUCUGGUGGUACGGCACGGAGUGUGAACGGGACGUUGACAAUCAUGGCGAGCUCGGACGAGUCCAAGAACUUGGAGGACGAGACGUUUAAGAGCGUGAUCGGUAACCUUGCAAAUGAGGGCAAGACCUUAUACGUCAUCCCCGGAUCAUUGGGUGGCGGCGAGUCGGCGAAGGCUUUGAAUCAAGUUAUGUGCGGAAUUCACAUUGUGGCUGCGAGCGAGAUCAUGGGCCUGGCAGCUCUCUUGAAGGCCGACACCCAGAAGUUCUUCGAGCAUUUGACUUCGUCGGACCCGUCGUGGUCGAGCAAGAAGAACGUGGGCUGGACCUGGAUGUUUGAGAACCGCGCCCCGAGAAUGCUGUCUGCUACGCCGCCCAUGUCAUCUGCAACAUCCAUCAUCGACAAAGAUGUUGGCAUCAUCCGAGACGAAGAGAAGAGACUGAACGUCGAUCUGCCACUUCUGAAUCUCGCGAGCGAGCAGAUUACAAGAGUGAUGGAAAAGCAUGCCUCGGCUGACGACAGCAUCAUCGCCCAGUUUUAUCUCGGGAUGGAUUCGCCUCGACAAAAUGCUGUUGUCGAACAGAAUGGCAAGGCCACAGAGUCGCAGCAACAGCUCAACAAGUCGAUAGCCUAUGCAGCAGCUAUCAUAUGUCUCAACUCGGCGUACGAGACCAUACAAUUUGCCAAGGCACUGGACUUGAUGGGUCCUGAGCAGCGGAAACAAUGGUUCAGCAUUAUUGCAGGGGCUGCUGGUGGAAGCACAAUGUUCUCGGAGAUCGUUCCCAAGGCUUUCGCGGACACCGAGGGCGAGGAUGCCGCCUUCAAGAAGUUCGCUACUGAGAGACUGGGCUCGGAGGCCGGCCAAAGCACCGAGAACAUUAUCAAGGAGGCCAAGCAGCAAGGCUACGAGCCAAAGCUGUUGGAGAAGGCCUUCGCUUUCUUCCAGCAGAUAACUGCAUAG